GUGUGUCGAGACUGUGGAAAAGUGGAGAAGAAAAAUGGCGACUUAAUUGAGUGCACUGUCAACUGCUUGCAGGCGUUUGUAAGAUAGCUAACGAAUUGUCAACAAAGUUCAAGGAUAAUACCUCCGGCACUGACUAGAAUUUCUUUUUUCUACCUUUUUGGCCUCAGAGGACCAUGUCCAGACUGUGUGUGGUGUGCGGGGGCUCGAAAGGUAUCGGGAGAGCUGUGUCUCGCCUGCUGGCAGAGAGGGGCUUCCGAGUAGUCGUGCUGUCCAGGAACCAGGACGCGGGGCAGGCCACCGUUACAUCGCUGAAAGGAGCUGACCACCUGGCGUUCAGUUGUGAUGUUUCCCAAGAACAGGAAGUGCAGAAGACGUUUGAGAAUAUCCAGAAGACCUGUGGAAACAUCUCCUACCUCGUCAAUGCUGCUGGAAUCAACAAGGACAGUCUGCUACUGCGGGCCAGGCCAGAGGACAUGGUGUCUGUCCUCCACACCAACCUGCUCGGCAGCAUGUUGACCAGCAGGGCGGCGCUCAGGAGCAUGCUGAGGGCUCAGGGGGGCGCCAUCGUCAACAUAGGUACACAGCCGCCUCACCCGGGGCCUGACAGCUGCCAUCAGGGCUCGGUGGUGGGGUUGAAGGGGAACUCUGGACAGUGUGUGUACAGCGCCAGCAAGGCAGGACUGGAGGGCUUCACACGAUCUCUGGCCAAAGAGGUCGCGUCUCGUAACGUCCGUGUCAAUCUCCUGGCCCCAGGAUUCAUCCGUACCGACAUGACUGCGGGGCUGAAUGAGGAGGAGGGCGCUCGAUCGAUCCCCCUGGGCCGCCUUGGGGAGCCGGAGGAGGUGGCCCAGGCUGUGCUUUUCCUGUUGCUGUCUCCCUACGUCACAGGACAGGUGCUGGCGGUGGACGGGGGCCUGCAGCUGGCCAUGUAGCACACAAGCCACAGAGAGGACCUGUGCCUUUCCAGGCUGGAGCAGGGGACACCAGGAUGGCUGGUGCACAGAGGGCCUGCUGGGGAGCCCACAGCCCUGUUGGUCCCUGGUUGGUGUGGAGGAGGACUCUUGAACCGGCCAGUGUGCUACAAAAUGGCCGUAAGUUUUCUGAAAAUGCACCACACUGUUGUCAUGUAGUCAUGAUGUAAAAAGCAACAUUGUUGGAUAAUAGAAAUGGUCCAGGUUCAUUUUAUGGUUUGAAGUCAUUCAUGGCUUCUACAAAGCGCAUGUUACAUUUUUUGCAUUGAAUUGAAAUGUAUUUUUGCAGUGGGGUAGUGAGUGUUAAGGGGUGGGAAUCUUUUGGUACCUCACGAUUUGAUUCUUGGGGUCACAAUCGAUUCAAUAUAUGCUUAUGUUUAAUGUUCAUAUAAAAACAAAUGUGAACUACAAAAUCGCUUUUUUAAAUUUGAAUCUGAAGACUGAAUCGCGAUUCAUAUGAAUCGAUUUUUUUCCCCCACCCCCUAGUGCUAAGUCAAAAUAAAUAUGCUUAAUGUUAAAAUGAACCUUCUCUCUGCCUCCAUGACUAGUAGCCAUCAAUUCUCUCUGUGUGUUUCUACUGUCCGUAUCCUGCCUCUCGUCCAUGCUGAGUCACUGUGUCCUGCUCAGCCCAGGGGGCGUGUCCUAGUUUGAGUGACAGGCCGUGGUGAGCAGACUCCAGAAUGUCUGGCCGCCGGGAGCCGUCUUUGAUCAGCAGAUUUAAUGCUGUUAGUCUUUCCAAGACUAGGAGGUUCUCUGGCUGACCAGAGCUGCUUGGGUUUCAGCCCCCCACUCCUCCCCUCCCUCGGUCUCUCUGUGGGGGUGAGGGAUCAGCCUGCAGUGUGUGUGUCGCAGGGUCAUGCUCUGUACACACAUCUCAGCUCCUGUGAUGUCAUCUGUUCUCCCCUCUGGUUCCCCUCCACGCCACUGACAUCACUUCCUGUACGCGUUAGGCGUCCCUGACAGUCCUGCGUCAGCCUCCGUUGCCUCGUGUGUUGGGGAGAGGUAGUGGGGGAGGUUUUCACUCCCAGCACUGGAUGAAGCUGGGACUCUUUCCUCAGCAGUAACUUACUCACACGCUUCCAGAUGUUUAUAUUUUAUUAUCAUUCAUAAACUAACACAGUGUCAAUAGAUUCAUAUACAGGCACAGAUUGGCAAAGAAAAUAAGAACAUUGUAGCCAAGACCAUCGCCCGACAGAGAGAGAGGCCCAUGUUGGUGAAACAGAGAAAGGCGACAUGAACCUGGAUCCAUCUUCAUCAUACAACACCUGGUGUGAUCAGGACGUGGAGACA